GUGGAUUCUCUCUCAUCAAGCAUUGGGAUGGUGAGUGAGAAUGAGGAGACACCCCAGCAGGAAGAUGCUGAGGAAGUAGAAUCCUAUAGAAUGUUAUCAGGAAGAUCCAAAGGGAAUGAUUCCGGGAGUUGUGCACUCCCAGAAAAAGCAAAAGCCUGUGAGAGUCAGCAAAGGCCAGAGGAAAACUUCAGUAGCCACUCAGACCUUAUUAAAUGUGAGAGAAUUAACUUGGAAGAGACAUGCUGCGCAAGCCAUGAGUGCGGGAAAAUCUUCAAUCAGAGCUCAGCCCUUACCACAUAUCAGAGAAUCCACAAUGGAGAGACGUCCUACACAUGCUCUGAGUGCGGGAAAAGUUUUAGUUGGCACUCACACCUUAGCAUACAUCGUAGAAUCCACACAGGAGAGAAACCCUACACGUGCUCUGAGUGCGGGAAAAGCUUCAAUCAGAGCUCAAACCUUAUCACACAUCAGAGAAUCCACACUGGAGAGAUGCCCUUCACAUGCUCUGAGUGUGGGAAAAGCUUCAGUCAGAGCUCAAGACUUAUCACACAUCAGAGAAUCCACAGCGGAGAGACGCCCUACACAUGCUCUGAGUGCGGGAAAAGCUUCCAUCAGAGAUCACACCUUAUGACACAUCAGAGAAUCCACACAGGAGAGACACCCUACACGUGCUCUGAGUGUGGGAAAACCUUUAGUUGGCACUCGCACCUUAGCAUACAUCGUAGAAUCCACACUGGAGAGAAACCCUACACGUGCUCUGAGUGUGGGAAACACUUCAGUUAUAGCUCAGCUCUUACCACCCAUCAGAAAAUCCACAGUGGAGAGAGGCCUUACGCAUGCUCUGACUGUGGGAAAUGCUUUAAUCGGAGCUUAAACCUUAUCAGACAUAGGACAAUCCACACAGACGAGAAACCUUAUGGAUGCUCUGAGUGUGGGAAACGCUUCAGUUGGAGCUCAAGCAUUAUUAAACAUCAGAAAACCCACAUGGGAAAGAACUGUAAUAAAUGCCUUGACUAAGGCUGGCCAAAGAUUUUUUUUUUUUAAAUCACAUUUGCUAAUUCCCACAUAGUAAUCUUUCACCAUCUUCACCGUUGUCUCUCAGCUCCACCAGAUGAGUUGCCUGCUUCUGCCUUUUGCAGGUCACCCUUCUUUGGGGUCAGUCCUCUGAUCUUUUCUAUCAACUCCUUUCCUUUUGAGCCAUAGGAGUGUGUGUCCCUCCUUCCAGGAAUGUUCAUCAGCUCCAGAUGGGAGAAAGAAGUUUGAUCCCAACAAGUACAGUGAGGCAAAAACUACCUGUCCCUUACAUCCACUAGGACUGUACAUGGCGUUGGCAGCUCAAGUUAGUGAUCUUGGUGUAAAAAGACAAUUAUAGUUGUAGUGCAGAUGCAGCCCAGGUGCAGUGGUUGGCAUUAGCUUUCCCCUUGACCUGACCUAAACUCCAUCACUUUUCCGCGUCUAAACAAACCCUGAGCAUCAGGUUUAUACUGUUCCCCAUUUCAAAGCAAUUCUAGGUCAUCAAGUUUCCCCUUCAGGAACAAAUUGUUUCAUUCCCCGUCACCAUCCCAAUCCCCUGUUGUUCAAUUGGUUAGGUCAAUAUUUUUUCUAAAGGGCUGGGAAGAGGAUUCCCUAGUAAAUGACUUGUA